AUGGAACUUGGGUCAAUGACAACGCUAGAAUCCCUUGAUCUAUCAGACAAUAGAUUAAAUGGGUCGAUCCCAACCUUUAAAGGAGAUUACAAGAACAUGUUUCUCUUGAACCUGAGCUAUAACAAAUUUGGCCAAAAUAUUCCAAGGGAGAUAGGGAGGAUAACUCAGCUUAAUGUACUUGACUUGAGCUAUAAUCUCCUGGUUGGAAAUAUUCCCCCUCAGUUAUCCAAUCUGAAGGUCUUGGUAAACUUAAAUCUUUCCCACAAUGGCCUAUCUAGGCACAUUCCUAAAGAACUUGAAAGUUUGACUGGUUUGCUGGAUGUUGUAUUGUCAUACAAUGAUUUGGAAGGUCCAAUCCCUAAUAAUAAAGCUUUUAUGAAUGCUUUGCUAGAAGGUAAUAAAGGUCUUUGCGGCAAUGUAACAGGAUUCCAGCCCUGCAAAAAGCCAUCUUCUGUAGUGAAAAAGCACUCAAUAGCAAAGGGACGUAAACUCAUCCUCAUCACUGUACUUCCUGUUAUGGGAGCACUAGUACUGCUCUGUGUUUUCAUUGGUGUUCUCUUUAUGUGUAAUAAAAGAAGGAGAGUUAAAGACGUUGAAAGAAGGGAUGGUGAUGGUUGGCUUUCGAUAUCCAUGUUAGAUGGAAAGGCAUUGUACAGGGAUAUCUUAAAUGCCACAGAGGAGUUUGAUGCAAAAUUUUGCAUUGGGCAAGGAGGACAAGGAAGUGUUUACAAGGUAAAUCUUCCAUCAUUAGGGAAUAUAGCUGUGAAGAGACUUCACUCUUCAUUUCAGAAUACACAUCCCAAAAGCUUCAUCAAUGAAGUAAGGGCAUUGACUGGGAUUAAGCACCGAAACAUUGUGAACCUCUACGGCUAUUGUUCAAAAGCACAACACUCACUCUUGGUUUACGAGUAUGUGGAGAGGGGGAGUUUGUCUAGUAUUUUGAGCAAUGAAGUUGAGUCCAAGAAAUUGGAUUGGCUUAAAAGGGUGAAUAUCAUCAAGGGUGUUGCUUUUUCUUUAUCUUACAUGCACCAGGAUUGUUCACCACCCAUUGUUCAUCGAGACAUAAGUAGCAGCAAUGUUUUGCUUGAUUCUGAGUAUGAAGCUCGUGUUGCAGACUUUGGACUAGCGAAGAUUCUCAAUCCAGACUCAUCCAAUUGCACUACACUUGCUGGCACAUAUGGCUAUGUCGCACCUGAGCUUGCAUAUACAAUGAAGGUUACAGAGAUGUGUGAUGUUUAUAGCUUUGGAGUAUUAACAUUGGAGAUAAUCAAAGGAAAGCAUCUUGGGGAAUAUAUUACUGUGCUAGCAAAUUUGUCGACUAUAGAUCACAAGCAGCUUAGUGAUUUGCUAGAUGAACGAAUUCCAUAUCCUGAAGAAGAAUUAAAAGAUGUUUUGGUUUUUAUCAUCAAGCUAGCAAGCUCUUGUUUGCUUGAAGCUCCAAAAUCAAGGCCAACAAUGCACUUCAUAUCUCAUAAGUUAUCAUCAAUGGAUGCACGUCCACCUACUCUUGUAAAGCGAGCUUUGUAA